CCCAUGACAACACAGUGUGUCCCUGAUGCCAAUAGUGCCAGGCAGCUUGUCUCAGUGCUCGUGUGUCUCACUGAUGCUUAGCCCAAGUACUCCACAAUGUCCAGAUGGAUAGAGUGGGCGGCGUGUGUGGUCCUGGUGACGUCUGUGAGGAGGGUGGGAGGAGCGACGCCUCCCUCCCGAAGGUUCUUCAUCGGUGGCGUCCUACACGAUAACCAAACACAAGACCACUUCACCAGGGCGCUCAGGAUGAUCAACUUCGACGGAGUAUCAGUGGCAGAGCAGACUACGCUGUAUGACGUGACAACAGUGUUGCAUGGCAGCCCCAUCACAGCCUCCUUACAGCUCUGCCAGAUGCUAAUCUCCCAGGCUGUGUACACUGUGGUGGUGGCCAGUCCCCCUGGAGGGUCGGUGACAACGGCGGCUGUGUCGUACACGUGCGGGUUCUACCACAUCCCCGUCAUCUGCACACACUCCAGGGACUCAUCCUUCUCCAACAAGAACAUCCACGUAUCACUACUGCGGACGGUGCCGCCCUACAACCACCAGGCGGACGUGUGGGUUACCCUCCUGAAGCACCUGCAGUACCAACAGGUCAUCCUCCUCCACUCCUCCGACACCGACGGCCGCGCCCUCUACAGGCGCUUCCAGAGUCUAGCACAACACCGUGACGACGACAUGGGUAUCAAGCUGGUGUCAGUGAUUGAGUUCACCACCGGGGAGGACUCCUUCGUGGUGGAGUUAGCUGCCAUCCGCGAGGAACUGGUAAAGGUCAUCCUGCUGUAUGCCAAUGAGAGGGACGCUGAUAGAAUCUUCCAUGACGCCGCCUAUCUCAACAUGAUGGAGGACGGUUAUGUGUGGCUGGUGACCGAGCAGGCCCUCCACUCACAACACGUCCCAGUUGGCGCUCUUGGCCUCCAGCUUAAGUAUGCUGACGACUACGACGCCCAUAUCACCGACAGUCUACGCGUGGUGGCACUGGCGUUACGUCAACUGCACGAGCAGGAGGUGGUCAUCCCGGACCCGCCCAUCACUUGCGAGGCUGAGGGCGGCUGGGACGAAACCGGCAUCCGGCUUUUCAGGCUUAUACAACAGCAGGUGCUCACAGACGGGAAGACGGGAAAGGUGGCCUUCGACGGCCACGGGGACAGGACCCAUGCCGAGUACUCCGUGGUCAACGUCCAGGAUCACCACCAGGAGCACUUCGGCCAAAGGAACCUUCAGCACGUUGGCGAGUUAUUUUAUGAUAAGGUGAGAGGUCAGAUGGUACUGGAGGUAAACAGGAGUAGUAUUGUGUGGCCUGGGGGGUCAUCUACGGCGCCGCCCGGGUACUCCCUCCCUACACACCUCAACGUGAUGACUCUCCUGGAGACGCCCUUCGUGUAUGCCGCUGCCAUUGACGCUGACGAGGAGUGUGAGGGGAAGGGGAAGGAACUGUGCCCCCUCCUGAACCCCACCACCAGAGAGUGGGAGAGGAUGUGCUGCUGGGGAUACUGUCUGGACCUGCUCUUCACUCUGUCCGAUAAGAACGGCUUCACCUUCAACCUGACGCUCUCUGCUGACGGCAACUACGGCCAGCUUGAGGAGAACCAGGAAGGACAGAAGACUUGGAAUGGGAUGAUUGGUCAGCUGGUGAACGAGAGUGAGGCGUUGGACAUGAUCAUGGCGCCCCUCACCAUCAACCCGGAGCGAUCCCAGGCACUGCACUUCACCAAACCCUUCAAGUACCACGGCAUCACCAUCCUCAUCAAGCGGACCCUUGUGGUGCCUGCCCUGGUGUCCAUCCUACAGCCAUUCCGAGGAACUCUCUGGCUCCUCCUGCUGGUCACCGUCCACAUCAUCGCCUUCUUCAUCUGGCUCCUGGACCGUCUCAGCCCCGUCUACAAGCUUGAUGGGAAGGACACAGAUUCACUCGUAUUGUCGGAGUCCUUCUGGUUCUCGUGGUCUGUCAUCCUCAAUAGCGGCCUGACCGACGGUACUCCGAGGUGUGUGAGUGGCCGGGUGCUGGGUAUCGUGUGGGGAGGCUUCGCUAUGAUCAUCGUGGCAUCCUACACGGCCAACCUUGCAGCCUUCCUCGUACUGGACACUCCCAUCAGUGCCAUCACCGGCAUUAACGACGCCAGGCUGAGGAACCCAGUGGAGAAUUUUACCUUCGCCACGGUGCGGGGAUCUUCGGUGGACAUGUUUUUCAGGCGCAAGACAGAGUGGGCCAACAUGUACCGUGUGAUGGAGGCACAUAACUACCCCACCGUUGACCAGGCUAUCCAUGCCGUGCGCAAUGGAAGCUUGCAGGCGUUCAUCUGGGAGAGUUCCCGACUGGAGUAUGAGGCUUCACGGGACUGUGAGCUGGUUACUGUAGGGGAGCUGUUCGGUCGGUCCGGCUAUGGCAUCGGGCUGCAGAAGGGGUCGCCCUGGGCUGACAAGAUCACCCUCGACAUACUAGAUCUACAUGAACUCCCUCAUGUGUGGUGGUCAUGGGCAGGAGGCUACAUGGAGGUGCUGGACAAGGAGUGGAUCUGGACUGAAGGGUCCGAGUGUUCUGAAGACGACCACCACAGCCUGGACUUCUCCAAGCGCCUGGGGCUGAAGAACCUGGAGGGCAUCUUCAUCAUGGUCGCUGGCGGUAUUUUAAGUGGCACCUUCCUCAUCCUCGUCGAGAUCAUCUACGAUCGCUGGAGGAACCCCACGCAGGGCAGAGGAGGAGGAGGGAGUGACGACAGCCAUCUGCAGCAGCAAGAUGAUGGUGAUGGUGGUGGUAGUGGUGGUGAUGGUGGUGGUGGUGGUGUUAGCAGCAUGGAUGAGGUCGGAGGGUUGUUAAAGGUUGGUGAUCAGAGAACAGCCACAACACAAGCAGAGGUUUAUCCAUCAGAGGAGGAGUGUUGCCAUGCUGGGGCCCUCGACUCUCCAGAUAACAGUGGCAAAAACUUAUCUGCCAAUGUCUGCAGUUACACGACCCACAGAGCGGAGCAUGAGCAGUCCCCGCCAAGAAGAUGUAGUGUAUGUUCCACCGAUGAGGAGACGCAGAGUCUGAGGCUCCUGGAUUCAUGUUCCCCCGAGGGCCAGGCUGUCAUGCAAGACGUCGAGGAUAGACUAAGGGCCAGCCCCAACAUCCCCGAAGAAUGGAAGAGUCGCACGUCUCUACAGUGGUUUCAUUAUUAUCUGGAUAUUCUCAGGAAGGACGCUGCCGCGGAUGAUGAGUCCAGGACCCCUGAGACAUUGGCUGUCAUGGAAGACUUUGUAGACUUCAUGAGAGAUAGCGGGAUUAGAGACGACUAUGUACACUCUCAAGCAAUGGCGUUGUGUGAAGACAAAUGUGAUAACCAUGAUAACGUUAAACCUCAUGGCAGGCAAGGACGUGGUGAGUGUCCUGAUUCAAUGCAAGGAGGUUUUACUGAAGGCAUGGAUUCGAUUUCAGUCCACGAUCCCCAGAUGACUCCUCUGCCAAGAAUGUUUAUGAAGACUCUAAAUGAAAAGUUGCCAGAUGUGAUUGACAACUGCAGCGAGAUAGGCAGAUGUAUACUAGAGGACGACGAUGACUAUGAAUCAUACAUUACUGGCAUCAACAGAGAAGAUGGUGAGAUUGGCAGGACUACACAUGAGGAGAGGCAAACACUCAUGGGUCCUGAUGACUCGUCUGAUCGAAGUUCCAUAUACAUUUAAGACCAUCAAAUAAAAUUCUUACAAUAUGAUACAUUUUAUUUUGGUAAAAUUUACAAAUGAUGUGUGAACCAACUAACAUCCAUAUAUAGUUGUAACAUUAAACUGUUUCCAGAUGAAAGUGUUUUGUUAAUAUAUAUAAUAUAAUACUGUACAUAAGACUGUUAAUCUCUGUCUAUAAGUUAUUUACUAAUCAAAUAAGUUAUUUAUUUAACUAUAUUAAGACACUUGUUUUCAUUCAGAUGCAAUUUUAAUAUUUUAUUUGAGUAA